UCUUGUCUUCUCUCCUCCUAGGGUGUCUUUUAUGAAUAAUCAAAAGCAGCAAAAGCCAACGCUAUCCGGCCAGCGUUUUAAAACCAGAAAAAGAGAUGAAAAAGAGAGGUUUGACCCUACCCAAUUUCAAGACUGUAUUAUUCAAGGCUUAACUGAAACUGGGACUGAUUUGGAAGCGGUAGCUAAGUUUCUUGAUGCUUCUGGAGCAAAACUUGACUAUCGCCGGUAUGCAGAAACACUCUUUGACAUCCUGGUGGCUGGUGGAAUGCUGGCCCCAGGUGGCACCCUGGCCGACGACAUGAUGCGUACAGACGUCUGUGUUUUUGCAGCACAGGAGGACCUGGAGACCAUGCAGGCGUUUGCACAAGUUUUUAACAAGUUAAUCAGGCGCUACAAAUACCUGGAGAAAGGCUUUGAAGAUGAGGUGAAAAAGCUGCUGCUGUUCUUAAAGGGUUUUUCUGAGUCGGAGCGGAACAAGUUGGCCAUGUUGACAGGUGUGCUGCUGGCUAAUGGGACUCUCAACGCAUCCAUCCUUAACAGCCUGUACAACGAGAACCUGGUGAAAGAAGGGGUUUCAGCAGCAUUUGCUGUGAAGCUCUUCAAAUCCUGGAUCAACGAGAAAGACAUCAACGCGGUGGCUGCGAGUCUUCGGAAAGUCAGCAUGGACAACAGGCUGAUGGAACUUUUUCCCGCCAAUAAGCAGAGUGUGGAGCACUUCACAAAAUACUUCACUGAGGCGGGCUUGAAGGAGCUGUCUGAGUACGUCCGGAACCAGCAAACCAUAGGCGCCCGGAAGGAGCUGCAGAAGGAGCUUCAGGAGCAGAUGUCCCGCGGAGACCCGUUCAAGGACAUAAUUCUGCAUGUCAAGGAGGAGAUGAAGAAGAACAACAUCCCCGAGCCGGUAGUGAUUGGGAUCGUCUGGUCGAGCGUGAUGAGUACGGUGGAGUGGAACAAGAAGGAGGAGCUUGUAGCGGAGCAGGCCAUCAAGCACUUGAAGCAAUACAGCCCUCUCCUCGCUGCCUUCACCACCCAAGGCCAGUCCGAGCUGACUCUCUUGCUGAAGAUCCAGGAGUAUUGCUACGACAACAUCCACUUCAUGAAGGCCUUCCAGAAAAUAGUGGUGCUUUUUUACAAAGCCGAGGUCCUGAGUGAGGAGCCCAUUCUGAAGUGGUACAAGGAUGCACACAUGGCCAAGGGGAAGAGCGUGUUCCUGGAGCAAAUGAAGAAGUUCGUGGAGUGGCUCAAGAACGCGGAGGAAGAGUCCGAGUCUGAAGCUGAAGACGGUGACUGAGUUUUGAACCUGCGUCCUCAGUAAAGCAAGCAGGGGUGUAGAUAAAUGUCAUAUCUCAUGUGUCCUGGUUCGUACAUCUUCCUACCUCCCUGUAUCAAGCAUGAUAGAAGGGCUUUCGUGGCAAACUUUAUUUUAACUGUUUCUAUGGUUACUGGAAGUGUUUAGUUCCUAAAACCAUGUUUUAAGUAUUACAGGAGCUAUAGAUUCGAAUCUAACGUUGCAUCAUUAGUCUUUUCAGUUCUCUUCUACCUCCUGUAUUUUCUACUGUAAUAAUGUAAUUUAAGGCCUUCCAUGAUGAACAGUUCACAUUGUUCCCUGGGUUUUCUAUAUAUAAACAGUUUUCAAGAUAUGAUUUGGUUAAAAAUAAUUUGUUAUAAAAUUUCUGUUUGCAAAUUAAACUGUAAAAGUAUCCAAAUUCUCAGAAGCCCGUGAUUUGUGUGAUAAUUCACUUGUCCAGAGAGCCCUGCUCAUCACCGAAGUCUCUUACUCAGUUCAUCAGCACGAAUCCUGAGUGCCCGGACCACUGCUUGCAUGUUAGCAUUUUCUUGCCGCCUUAGCCCCAGAUGUCCUUAAAUUCAGUUAUCUACUGUCUGGAUUUCAUCCUUAGUGAAGCCAUGGAGAACCGACUUGAGAAAUUCCAGAAUCAGAGGCAACAGAGGUGGUGGGGAAUCGUUUCCUGCUGAGAAACUUCUGCAGUCAGUUAACGGAUGGGUUUUCUUUCCAUACAGCCAUUUUCAAAUGUACCUUAGGAAAGUGUUGUCACUUAAAACAUUUUAUGCUCAGAGUGCACUUAGACUGAUAGGAAAGAACUUCGCAGGGUAUGUGAGUGGUAGAGGAAGUAGCUGUGCUAAAGCCAGGAGUUUCUGACAGUGGAGAGUGAGGUCAGCCUGCUCCGUUGGAGCCUUCAGGGCCUGCUUCCUGUGCCUGGUGAGCUGUUGAGGUCAAGAAGCAAGCACGGUCCUGUGUCUCCAGCCGCUCAGCCGUGUCUCCUGCCUAGGCCUGGAACAUUCCCCAGCUGCCAAAUACUUGUAGAUGAUUGAUCCUAGAUGACUUUAAUGCCCUCCUUUUCAUUUUCCUCUGCUCUCGCUGCUGCCUGUCUGUGGGUCACGGGUUGUGUUCUAGUGACCAUUGUGAAGCUUCUUCACUCGCAAGGAACUACUAGCCCAGGACCGAUGCCACUGGAGACUGAGCGGAAGUCGCCCCCUUUCAAGGUGCCAUUCUCCUUAGCCAAGACCAUGGUGUUUAAAACUCGUCUUGACAGAGGAAUGUGUAAAAA